AUGGCAUUCUUUUACGAUAACAGUGUAAUUGGGGCUAUACAAAAGAUCUUCAGGAGACCGUCAGAUGCGGCUAUGUGGCUAUUCACGGGUAUGAUUGUUAUAGGGACCUUCUACACAAUCCUCGGACCAGCGCCAGGACCAGGUCCAAACGCAAAGAGGCGGAGGUAG